UUCUACACUUAGUUCUGCCCACGCCUAUUCACACUUGCUAAACUUACCAAACAAGUGCUGGGCUCAACAUUAAAAAUGGUUCGUGACUGCUUUUCAUCAGUAAAAGAUUUGAUUGAUCUGCAACUCUGCUUUCAUAGCUGUUUCAUUUCCAGAAAUUGAGUAGUCGUUUUAUGUGCCGCAAUGGCAAUUGGUGACAGUGAUCUUCAUUUUAGAACUAAGUGUCAAUUAACUUCAUACCAAGCUGAUUAUAAACUAAGACGGAGUAGUCUACCAUCGGAACUCCUCAGAAAUGACAUUAAAGGAAAGUAUCAAAGAAAUAUUAGGAAUUUAGAACCUAUCCAUCCGAGACGCCCUAAGAAAAGACCUUCACUCUUUCCAGCAUCUCCAGUGGGUAACGGAUACAUUAAACCACCAGUCCCUUCUGUUUCUGGCACACAAAAGGAAAAGGGACCUCCAACCAUGCUACCUAUCAAUGUUGAUCCAGAUAGUAAGCCUGGAGAAUAUGUCUUGAAAAGUUUAUUUGUUAACUUUACUACCCUGGCUGAACGCAAGAUCCGCAUCAUCAUGGCAGAACCUCUGGAAAAACCAUUGAGCAAAUCUCUGCAACAUGGAGAAGAUCCACAGUUUGAUCAAGUAAUAAGUUCAAUGAGCUCCCUUUCAGAGUACUGUUUACCUUCUAUCCUGCGCACUUUGUUUGAUUGGUAUAAAAGACAAAAUGGCAUUGAAGAUGAAUCUCAUGAAUACAGACCAAGAACAAGCACAAAAUCCAAAAGUGAUGAGCAGCAACGAGACUAUUUAAUGGAAAGAAGAGAUCUUGCUAUUGAUUUUAUUUUUUCGUUAGUAUUAAUAGAAGUAUUGAAACAGAUUCAGCUUCAUCCUGUAAUUGAUGGUUUGGUACACGAUGUUAUUAAUUUGGCUUUCAAGCACUUUAAAUACAAAGAAGGGUACCUAGGUCCCAACACUGGAAAUAUGCACAUUGUUGCAGAUCUCUAUGCUGAGGUAAUAGGGGUACUAGCACAAGCAAAAUUUCCAGCUGUGAAAAAGAAAUUUAUGGCAGAAUUAAAAGAGCUGCGGCAUAAGGAGCAGAAUCCUUACAUGGUUCAAAGCAUUAUCAGUCUAAUCAUGGGGAUGAAAUUCUUCCGUAUUAAAAUGUACCCUGUGGAAGAUUUUGAAGCUUCCCUUCAGUUUAUGCAGGAAUGUGCACAUUAUUUUCUUGAAGUUAAAGACAAAGAUAUCAAACAUGCAUUAGCAGGCUUGUUUGUUGAAAUUCUUGUCCCAGUAGCUGCUGCUGUUAAAAAUGAAGUGAACGUUCCCUGUCUGAGGAACUUUGUUGAAAGUCUCUAUGAUACAACACUCGAACUAUCUUCACGAAAGAAGCAUUCACUGGCUUUGUAUCCUCUAGUAACAUGCCUGCUUUGUGUCAGCCAAAAACAGUUCUUUCUAAAUAGAUGGCAUAUUUUUCUCAACAACUGCCUGUCCAAUCUCAAAAACAAAGAUCCAAAAAUGGCUCGAGUUGCACUGGAAUCUCUCUACAGACUGCUAUGGGUUUAUAUGAUUAGAAUCAAAUGUGAAAGCAAUACAACUACCCAAAGUCGGCUUAUAACAAUCAUCACAACCCUUUUUCCAAAAGGUUCCCGAGGUGUGGUACCGCGAGACAUGCCUCUGAACAUUUUUGUGAAAAUUAUACAGUUUAUUGCACAGGAACGUUUGGAUUUUGCAAUGAAAGAAAUCAUUUUUGAUUUCCUUUGUGUUGGAAAACCAGCAAAAGCAUUUAGUCUAAAUCCAGAGAGAAUGAAUAUUGGUCUGAGAGCUUUCUUGGUCAUUGCGGAUAGCUUGCAGCAAAAAGAUGGAGAGCCUCCAAUGCCUGUUACUGGAGCUGUACUUCCUUCAGGAAACACCCUACGAGUGAAGAAAACUUACUUGAGCAAAACUCUCACAGAAGAGGAAGCUAAAAUGAUAGGCAUGUCAAUGUAUUAUUCUCAAGUAAGAAAAGCUGUAGACAACAUACUGCGACAUCUUGAUAAAGAAGUUGGGCGGUGCAUGAUGCUCACAAAUAUACAAAUGUUAAACAAAGAACCUGAAGAUAUGAUUACAGGUGAAAGAAAACCAAAAAUUGACCUUUUCAGGACUUGUGUUGCUGCUAUUCCACGACUCCUUCCUGAUGGGAUGUCUAAAUUAGAGCUGAUUGACUUGCUAUCAAGGCUUUCUAUACAUAUGGAUGAUGAACUUCGGCACAUUGCUCAAAAUUCACUUCAGGGUCUAUUAGUUGAUUUUGUUGAUUGGCGAGAGGAUGUUCUUUUUGGUUUCACAAAUUUUUUGUUGCGUGAAGUGAAUGAUGUGCAUAAUAGCCUCUUGGACACAUCUUUAAAAUUAUUGUUACAGUUGCUAACACAAUGGAAGCUUACAAUACAAACUUCUGGGAAGACCAACGAACAGACAAAAGUCCGAUCUUCAGAGCUGAUAGCAAAUGGAUCCGGUCAAAGGACCCAGACUGAACGAAGUUCUUAUUCAAAUGUACUGCAUGCUGUUGAAGGUUUCGCACUGGUAUUACUCUGCAGUUUCCAAGUUGCCACACGUAAAUUGGCAGUUUUGAUUCUCAGAGAGGUCCGUGCUUUAUUUCAUGCACUAGGACAAGCAGAGGAUGAUGAUAGACCUAUGAUUGAUGUUAUGGACCAGCUAAGUUCUUCUAUUCUAGAAAGUUUUAUUCACGUGGCUGUUUCUGACUCAACAACGUUACCACUAACAUAUAAUGUGGAUUUGCAGUGGCUGGUAGAAUGGAAUGCAGUACUUGUUAAUAGCCAUUAUGAUGUAAAAAGCCCAUCCCAUGUCUGGAUAUUUGCACAGUCGGUCAAAGAUCCUUGGGUUCUCUGCCUUUUCAGUUUUCUUAGGCAAGAGAAUUUACCAAAGCAUUGUCCUACAGCUCUUAACUAUGCUUGGCCUUAUGCAUUUACAAGGCUACAGCUAGUGAUGCCUUUGGUUGAUCCAAAUAGUCCUGUGAAUGCAAAGAAAACAAGUACACCCAGCACUGGGGAUCAUUAUGUAACUUUGUGGAGAAACUAUCUGAUUCUCUGCUUUGGAGUAGCUAAACCCAGCAUUAUGAGUCCUGGACAUCUGCGUGUUUCUACACCAGAGAUCAUGGCUACUACGCCGGAUGGUACCAUUAGUUAUGAUAAUAAGGCUAUUGGAACUCCAUCUGUUGGUGUGUUAUUAAAACAGCUAGUGCCUUUGAUGAGACUUGAAAGCAUAGAAAUCACUGAAUCACUUGUACUAGGCUUUGGAAGAACUAAUGCUCUUGUUUUCAGAGAAUUAGUGGAGGAACUUCACCCUCUAAUGAAAGAAGCAUUGGAGAGAAGACCAGAGAAUAAGAAACGUCGUGAGCGCAGAGAUCUCUUACGAUUACAGCUGUUGCGAAUUUUUGAAUUACUUGCUGAUGCUGGUGUGAUAAGUGAUAGUACAAAUGGUGCCUUGGAAAGAGAUACCCUAGCACUGGGAGCCUUGUUCUUAGAAUAUGUUGACCUAACUCGCAUGUUGUUGGAAGCUGAAAAUGAUAAAGAAGUUGAGAUUCUCAAGGACAUGAGAGCCCAUUUUAGUGCAAUGCUUGCUAACUUGAUUCAAUGUGUGCCAGUUCAUCAUAGGAGAUUUCUUUUCCCUCAGCAAAGCUUGAGGCACCACCUCUUCAUCCUGUUUAGUCAAUGGGCUGGACCUUUCAGUAUCAUGUUUACACCUCUGGAUCGUUAUAGUGAUAGAAAUCAUCAGAUUACAAGAUACCAGUAUUGUGCUUUAAAGGCCAUGUCAGCAGUGCUGUGCUGUGGCCCUGUGUUUGACAAUGUGGGCCUUUCCCCUGAUGGCUAUCUUUAUAAAUGGCUUGAUAAUAUUCUAGCUUGCCAAGAUUUACGGGUUCAUCAGCUUGGCUGUGAAGUUGUUGUCUUAUUGUUGGAGUUGAAUCCUGACCAAAUCAAUCUCUUUAACUGGGCUAUAGAUCGAUGUUAUACUGGAUCCUAUCAGCUUGCUUCAGGAUGCUUCAAAGCCAUUGCAACUGUGUGUGGAAGCAGGAACUACCCUUUUGACAUUGUGACUCUUUUAAAUCUAGUCUUGUUUAAAGCAUCUGACACCAGCAGAGAGAUUUAUGAAAUUUCCAUGCAACUCAUGCAGAUUUUGGAAACAAAACUUUUUGUUUAUUCGAAGAAAAUAGCUGAGCGAAGACCUGGCAGCAUUCUUUAUGGGACUCAUGGUCCUUUGCCACCACUUUACAGUGUCUCAUUAGCUCAUCUGUCCUACGAACUGGCAAGAAUGUACCCUGAGCUGACACUUCCAUUGUUUUCAGAAGUAAGUCAACGAUUUCCCACAACUCACCCAAAUGGGCGCCAGAUCAUGCUCACCUACUUGCUACCCUGGCUUCAUAACAUUGAGCUAGUGGACAGCAGACUUCUUCUCCCAGGUUCAAGUCCUACUACCCCUGAAGAUGAAAUAAAGGAUAAGGAUGGAGAAGUAACUGUUUCAUGUGGCUUAAAGGGAAAUGGCUGGGGCUCACCAGAAGCCACAUCAUUGGUGCUUAAUAAUCUGAUGUAUAUGACAGCUAAGUAUGGAGAUGAAGUUCCUGGACCAGAAAUGGAGAAUGUCUGGAAUGCUUUAGCUAAUAAUGAAAAAUGGAGCAACAACCUGAGAAUAACUUUGCAGUUUCUGAUAAGCUUAUGUGGAGUCAGCAGUGAUACAAUUCUUUUACCAUACAUCAAAAAAGUUGCCAUCUAUUUGUGUCGGAACAAUACUAUUCAAACAAUGGAAGAACUUUUAUUUGAGCUCCAGCAAACAGAUCCCGUGAAUCCCAUAGUUCAGCAUUGUGACAAUCCACCAUUUUAUCGUUUUACUGCCAGCAACAAAGCUUCAGUUGUUGUUUCUGGAACUACAUCAAGUAGUAACACUGUUGUAGCUGGCCAAGAUAGUUUUCCAGACAUUGAAGACAAUAGAAUUCUAAAAGAGACAGAUGAGAGGUUUAGUAAUGUGAUCAGAGCACAUAACCGAUUAGAAUCAAGAUACAGCAAUAGCUCCGGAGGAUCUUACGACGAUGAUAAAAAUGAUCCUAUUUCUCCAUAUACAAGUUGGCUUCUGAAUAUUGUGGAAAUGAAACAGCCACAACCUUUGCCAAUGCCAUUUAAUGGAGGCUGCUGGGCACCACUUGUUGACUACCUUCCAGAAACAAUUACACCACGGGGACCGCUCCAUAGAUGCAAUAUUGCUGUUAUCUUCAUGACUGAAAUGGUAGUAGAUCAUAGUGUAAGAGAAGACUGGGCUCUUCAUCUUCCAUUGCUGUUGCAUGCUCUGUUUUUAGGCCUUGAUCAUUAUCGUCCCGAAGUCUUUGAGCAUAGCAGGAAGCUGUUGCUCCAUCUGCUGAUUGUGUUGUCAUGCAACAGCAAUUUUCAAGCCAUAGCCUCAAUGCUUCUUCAGACUAGAGAGAUGAAUGAAACCAAGACGCUUACAGUUCAGCCUGUGCAUUUGCCUGAAUUCUUCUAUACAGGUGGUUUUGACUUUCUGCGGGAGUAUCAGUCUUCCCCUGUGCCAGACUCUGGGCUCAGCUCCAGCUCCACUUCUUCCAGCAUCAGCCUUGGAGGAAGCAGUGGAAAUCUCCCACAAAUCACCCAGGAGAUAGAAGACAUUGACCCAACUGUGGAGACAAAUGAAAAAGCAAACAAACUAAUAGAGUUUUUAACUACCAGGGCAUUUGGUCCGCUCUGGUGCCAUGAAGAUAUCACACCCAAAAACCAGAAUACAAAAAGUGCAGAGCAGCUUACCAAUUUCUUGCUUCAUGUUGUGUCUGUCUUUAAAGAAUCUAAAUCAGGCUUUCAUUUGGAGCAGCAGCUUAGUGAAAUUGCAUUGCAAACAGCUCUUUCUAGUUCCUCAAGACAUUAUGCUGGCCGCUCUUUUCAGAUAUUUCGGGCUCUAAAACAGCCACUUUCAGCACAUGCAUUGUCCGAUCUGCUGUCAAGAUUAGUGGAAGUUAUAGGAGAACAUGGAGAAGAAAUUCAGGGUUACGUUAUGGAAGCCCUUCUUACAUUAGAAGCCACUGUGGAUACUCUGUAUGAUUGUCUGAAAAACAGUGAUCUUUUAUCAUGUUCAUCCUCACCAGACUUGACAUCAAGUGCAAAACUGACAGCCAAUCGGAAGAGCACAGGACAACUUAAUGUGAAUUCAGGAGCUGCCAGUGGCAGUACAGGCACUGCUGAGCGUAGCAGACAUCAGAGGAGUUUUUCAGUGCCUAAAAAGUUUGGGGUUGUGGACAGAACUUCUGAUCCCCCUCGCAGUGCCACUCUGGAUAGGAUUCAGGCUUGCACACAACAAGGCCUUUCCUCCAAAACUAGGAGCUCCUCUUCUUUGAAGGACAGUCUUUCAGACCCUACCAAUAUUAACAAUCCAACUAACCUGCUGGCCACCAUUUUCUGGGGAGCAGUGGCUUUGAUGGAAUCUGAUUUUGAAUUUGAAUACCUAAUGGCACUAAGAUUGCUCAGUAAGCUCCUCGUUCAUCUGCCACUGGAUAAAGUAGAAAACAGGGAAAAAUUAGAAAAGCUACAAGGACAACUAAAAUGGACAGAUUUCUCAGGGCUCCAGCAACUUCUGCUUAAAGGUUUUACUUCUCUAACAACUACUGAUCUCACACUUCAGCUCUUCAGUUUGCUGACUCCAGUGUCACGUGUAUCCAUGGUUGAUUCCUCUCAGGCUAUAGGAUUUCCAUUGAAUGUUUUAUGCCUUCUGCCUCAUUUAAUUCAGCACUUUGAUGGCCCAAAUCAGCUCUGCAAGGAUAUAGCAGAGAGGAUUGCUCAGGUCUGUCUAGAAGAAAAGAACCCGAAGUUGUCAAAUCUUGCACAUGUCAUGACUCUCUAUAAAACACACAGCUAUACAAGAGAUUGUGCAACUUGGGUGAAUGUUGUUUGCCGUUACCUUCAUGAAGCAUUUGCUGACAUUACUCUGAAUAUGAUUACUUAUCUUGCUGAGCUACUGGAAAAGGGGCUUCCUAACAUGCAGCAAUCACUUUUACAAAUAAUCUAUAGUCUUCUUAGUUAUAUGGACUUAUCAAACUUACCUGUUAAACAGUUUAACAUGGAAGUACUAAAGACCAUAGAAAAAUACGUACAAAGCAUUCACUGGCGAGAAGCCCUGAAUAUACUUAAAUUGGUGGUUGCACGCUCAGCAAGUCUUGUUCUACCCUCUUAUCAGCAUAGUGAUAUUUCAAAAAUGGAAAUACAUUGCAUCUGGAAUAAUGCAUCCAAGGAACUGCCUGGAAAAACUUUAGAGUUUCAGUUUGAUAUUUCUGAGACACCAAUUAUUGGCAAGCGGUAUGAUGAGCUGCAGACUUCUUCGGGUCGUGAUGGAAAACAUAGAAUAAUGCCUGUCACAAGAAGCACAUCUUCAACAUCUUCUGGGUCUAAUUCCAAUGUCCUUGUGCCUGUUAGUUGGAAAAGACCUCAGUAUUCCCAGAAAAAAACAAAAGAAAAGUUGGUGCAUGUUCUUAGUCUUUGUGGUCAAGAGGUUGGUCUGAGCAAAAAUCCCUCGGUCAUUUUUUCUUCCUGUGGAGAUUUGGAUCUGAUUGAGCACCAAAAUAGUCUGGUAGCUUCAGAAGACGGACAACGUGAACAAGAGAAUAUGGAUGAUUCUAACAGCGAGCAACAGUUCCGAGUCUUUAGAGAUUUUGAUUUCCUAGAUGUGGAAUUAGAAGAUGGUGAGGAACUUCAGGGUGAAAGCAUGGACAAUUUCAACUGGGGAGUUCGUAGGCGUUCUCUUGACAGUUUGGACAAGUGUGAUAUGCAGCUUCUGGAAGAAAGCCAGCUCUCAGGAAGUAUCCCCAGUCUAAACAAAAUCAACCAUGAAGAUUCUGAUGAAUCAUCGGAAGAGGAGGACCUUACAACAAGUCAAAUCUUGGAACAAUCAGAACUUAUCAUGACACUUUCCCCAUCUGAGGACACAAAUCACAUUGAUGCCCUUUCCACGCCAUGUGAGGCAGCAUCAUCAGGUCCACCUCCUUUCAGUUCAAGAACUUCUAGCUUUAACACAUCUUUGCCAGAAGUGAAUAAUCUCCAGGUCUCCGAAGAUUCAAAGGUGGAAGGUGCCCAAGAAGAAGAAGAUACCUCAGUUCAGGAAGAUGAUCUAUCUGGAUCUACCAAUGAACUCCCAGCAGUAUUUGAAUAUAGUGAUAGUUUUAGUCUAGAUAUGACUGAAGCUGAAGAAAAAGGUGACCGACUGCUAGACCAAUAUGCACUUGCCAGUUUUGGUGAAGGUAAUCGCACUGCUUCACCCCAACUUUCCCCAUUCUUUUCUGCUAUCCUAGCUGCAUUUCAACCUACUGCCUGUGAUGCUGCAGAAGAAGCUUGGCGUAGUCAUAUCAACCAGCUUAUGUGUGACUCAGAUGGGUCCUGUGCUGUUUAUACUUUCCAUGUGUUUUCGUCCUUGUUUAAGAAUAUUCAGAAAAGAUUCUGCUUUCUAACUUGUGACGCUGCCAGCUAUCUCGGUGAUAAUCUGCGAGGAAUUGGCUCAAAGUUUGUGAGCUCAUCCCAGAUGCUGACUUCGUGUUCCGAAUGUCCUACCCUUUUUGUAGAUGCUGAAACCCUUCUCUCUUGUGGGCUUCUAGAGAAAUUAAAGUUUAGUGUCUUAGAACUACAAGAAUACUUGGAUACAUAUAAUAACAGAAAAGAAGCAACACUUUCUUGGCUGGCAAACUGCAAGGCAACUUUUUCAGGGGGUUCAAGAGAUGGGGUUAUCACUUGUCAGCCAGGAGAUUCAGAAGAAAAGCAAAUGGAAUCUCUUGCACAAUUGGAACUGUGUCAGAGAUUAUAUAAGCUGCACUUCCAGUUAUUGUUACUUUUUCAGUCAUACUGUAAACUCAUCGGACAAGUGCAUGAAGUUAGUACAAUGCCAGAGCUGAUAAAUAUGUCACGAGAACUGAGCGAGUUAAAGAAAAACCUUAAGGAAGCUAGUGCUGCCAUUGCACUCGAUCCAUCGAUUAUAGAAAGUGGUACCUCUGAACCCAUGUUCACUUCUACAGAAAUAGCUAUUCAAUUUAUGUUAGAGUGUCUGAAAAACAAUGAACUUGGAAAAGCUCUACACCAAAUAAGAGAAUGCAGGAAUUUAUGGCCGAAUGACAUUUUUGGAAGCAGUUCCGAUGAUGAAGUCCAGACUCUACUGAAUAUUUACUUCCGGCACCAAACAUUAGGGCAAUCUGGUACUUAUGCAUUGGUAGGCUCUAACCAAAGCCUGACCGAAAUCUGUACGAAACUGAUGGAGUUGAACAUAGAAAUCAGGGACAUGAUCCGGCGAGCUCAAAGCUACCGAGUGAUCAAUUCUUUUCUUCCAGAUCCCAGUGUUUCUGGCACGAGCCUCUGACAAAAGUCUGGUGCCCCCUACCUCUUUCAGGCUGGGAUUGCUUCCAUGCUGGGAUGAGAUGGUUCAGUGCAUUUUCAGCUUUAGAAAGAGUUGGCCAAGUCAUACUCAAUCUUGUUACUUUUACAAUAUUUUCCAAGAAAAGUUGGGCAGUGUUUUCAGAGUGCAGUCAUAAUAUAAGGACAAAGGUAGCAUCAAAUCCUUUGUUCUGAACUACACACCCAAAUGACUUUCACAGGGCAACUGCAAUUCACUACUGAAGAAGUGACUUCCUUACAUACCAAAGACUACUACACUGAGCAAGACUUCCUUUCUAGAAAAUAGUUUUAGAUAUCAAAAGUGCAAUCUCUCCUUCACUUGAGGAUUUUUUUUUUUAGUUUUGUACAUUUAUUCCUUUGACCAAGUUAUUAAAAACAGGCAGAAUGAAGCUAGUGACAGGAUACUGAGACUGUCACUGCAAAAGCUGAGAGCCUCUGCAUAUGAAAGUUGUUGUAAAGGACUACAAAUGUGCACUGUAUGUAAAUAUGAUUACUGUAUCUUCUAACUAGAGAAAAAAAUAAGCUGCUAUGAAGUACAUUUGUUGAUGUUGCUAGGCUACUGUCUUGGAAGGUACUCGAUCCUAUUUCAAGAGGUCUGUUAUUAAGACCCAAGUACCUAUGAAUGGACGAAGUUUUUUUAAAAAAAGAUUUUGGCUGCUUUUUACUAGAGAGUUGCUUUUAUGUAUAUUUAUAUUAAGAAUUCUGGUCUGACAUAAGUUGUCAUUUUGUAGAAAAAUAUCACGUCUGAUUUAAGUUCUUUUGAACUGGUACAUGCAUCUUUUAAUUUUAAUGUAUAUUUGGAUUUUAACAUUGAAAUUAUUAAAUACAGAUCAGAUUUACUUUCUAUUUUCAAGUGGGGGGGUUGCUUAUUAGUAAUAUAUGUUCCUGUUUUCUGGCAAUUUUUUGUUUGCACUUACUGCUGUAAAGAGUUAAAAUAAGUGCAUGUAAGUUAUUGCACAUUUGAGACACUUUUAUUCCAACAUUAUGUGUGUCGCUUAUUCACCCUGUAAAUACAUUUAAAGGUUUUUGUGAAUUUUGUUUUAAUAUUUUGAUCAUUACAGAUCUCAAGUAUAAAAGACUAUAUAUGUGUAUGUGUACAUACAUGCAAACAUACAUAUAUGUAUAUACAUACACAUUAGCGUGUAAAUGUAUUAAAUUGUAAUGAGUUUAUGUUAUAAUAUAUAUGGAAACAAUUCUAUAAGAAUAUUUUGAAAUCAGGUUAUUUUUCAGUUGGGCUUGAAUCAACAUGUAAAUUAGUCCAACUUUUAUGUGCUCACUAUGCAUCCAAACAUUAACCUGCACAAAUUGAUAUAAAUUGAACAAAGUCCCUUAAAUUUAAUGUAUUCUUGCUGAACCAGUUCUCUCUAGGUAAACUUUGUCAAUCUGGCGUCUUCCAGAGAUGUUGGGACCACUAAUACCAGAAUUUCUAACUAGAGAAUAUACUGGAAUUCUGGGACUUACAGUCCAAACAAGUGGGAAAGGAACCAGGCUGAAAAGGCUUCUGGGAAUAUGUGAAAAUUGAUAGGCUUCUCUGUUCUCCCUUCCUCAAAAUAGUAAUUUGAGCAUAUAUAUGAGAAGCAAGGCGUUAGUUUGAAUUGUAAUGGAAAAAUCAAGCUGUACGAAAUAUAUUAUGUUAUGCAAAAUUUAAGUGUACUUAUUCUGUAACACCAGAAUUGAGCAGAUGGGCUCUAAAGGUGUGAACCUCUUCCUGUUGGAUUGUGCUACCUUUAUUAUAGAAGCCAAUUUAAAAUUUUGUUUCCUAAAAAUGAUUCAAACAGGGAUUAAAAUAAUGUAUCUCACAUUCAGACUAUAAAAUCAACAUUUGCUAGGUAUAUAUCUUGGUUUCCUUUUCCAUAUUGAGUUGGAAGAGACGAGCUUUAUGCUUAGUGAUUAAGGCCUACUACCAUAAUCAUAUGAAUUUGGGGAGUAUUAAUGGAAUAUAAAAUUAUUGCUUAUAAUCUUGUGUGGCAAGUCCGUGUCAGCUAACCCUCAUGAAAGCUAACAUGAAGUGCCUCUUUCACGGUGUGACUUGAGUGCUGCCCUACUCAUUUAGUUACUAUUCUCUUUAGAGGAAUGCUUUGUAAGAGAUUAACAGAUGUUUCUGAGUGUUAGUAAACCUAAUAUAAUUGAAUGGAUGAA